AUGAAAAUUGAUCAAUCGAAAUUAGGAAAAUAUCUACCAGAAUCACCGGUUAAUUGUAAAUUAUUUAUUGAUAAAUUAAAAAGUUGUGAUCGGCAAGAACUUCAUGAGCUAUUAAAAUCAAUAACUAUUUGGCAUAUUGAAACAUGUGUACUAUAUGAUUGGAUUGAUGUAUUAGAUUUAUUCGAUUCAAUUCUAGAAGAAGCUUGUAUUCAAAGUGGAACAUGGAUGCUCAAUUUGGAUAUUCUUCAUUUUACAACAUUAUUAAUUGAACAUUCAUAUUCACGCCAUAUAUAUAAUUCAAUUGAAUAUUUAAUUAUAUUAUUACAAUCAUCUGAUUUAAAUAUUGUAUGUGGUGUUUUAUCACUUUUAUAUGUAUCCAGUAGACGUUCAAAUUUUAUAACAAGACUUAAAAUUGAUAAAAAACAAGGAUUGAUUUAUCGACUUGGUUUCUUAGCUGAAACAUGGGGUGGUCGAGAAAAUGGUUUCGAUUUAGUUCGUUGUUGUAGUAUUCAAAAUUCAUCAAAUUUUCCUGAAUAUGCAAUAAAUUUUCAUUUUCCGUAUGCAAUUACAUCUGAAUCAAUAUCAAAACAAAUUGAUAUAUUAAAUGUUCAUAUGGUUGGAUCAAAUGCAUCUUCUGUAAUGGAAAUGAUUCUUGAUGAACAUAAAUUAUCUGAAGACAAACAAAUAAAAUUAUUUACAAAUCUUCUUUAUUCUGUUGCAAUAGAAGAAACAAAUAAUAUUUUAUAUGAUGGUUUAAUUGAAGAACUUGUUGAAAUAUUAAAUAUUCAAAAUCCAAUAUUAACAGAUAUUAAAGUAUCAGCAUUAGAAACUUUAACUUCAAUGGUUUAUCUUAAAAAUACAAUAAAGUAUUUAUCAUAUUUAGAAGAAAUAAUUAAAGUAACACAAAUUAAUUCAUAUCAUGGAUUUUUACCAACAUUUGUACGAGAAUAUGAUAAUAAUGAUCGAUUUCCACAAUCGUUAUCAAUUGAAUUAUUGUCUUUUCUAUAUCAUUUAGCAAAAGAUGAAAAAAGUGGUCAAGCUUUGGUUAAUUGUGAUAUAGCACAAUCAUUCAUAAAAAUUAUUAAUUAUUAUGAUGAAUCUCAAGAUUUUCUUGUGUUGGUUACACGAGCUAUACAUAUUAUUGAUUUAAUAACAAGAUUAGAUAUGACUUCAUUUCAAACAAAUAAUGGUUUACAAAUAUUUAUUAAUCGUUUUCAAUAUGAAAUAACUCAAUGUAAAAAAGAACAACCAUUUAUAAUUGAUAUAUCAGACAUUAACCAAGAAACAACAUCAACAACAAUUGAUAUACAAUCUCCAAUAUCAUCAAUUUCACAAUCAAAAUGUUAUCAUCAACGUAUUGCAUUACUUAAAUCGAUAUUAAAUUAUUUUAAAAAAUCCUUUACUGAACCAGAAAUGUUUAAAAUAACACAUAAUAUAAUGAAUGAUUCAUUAUUAAAUUCCUUCAAACAUAUAAUAACUGAUAUAUUAAUGUAUGUCCUUUUAAAAAAAGAUUUACCAAUUUCAAAAGAUAUUAUAGAAUCUUUACCAAAUAUAUUUUCUGGACUAUGUUUAAAUAAACAUGGUUUAGAUAAUUUUAUUAAAUUUAAACCAUUUGAUAAAUUAUUUGAGAUUUUUUUAUUACCGAAAUAUUUACCAAUUAUGAUAAAACGACAUGAUAAUAAUACGUCAUUAAUUUUUGGAAAUUCUAUUGAUGAAUUAAUAAGACAUCAAAUUAUUUUACGUUAUCCAGUAAUAAUAUCAAUAAUUAUUUUAAUUGAAAAACUUGUUGAAUUGGGUAACAAUGACAACUCAAAUCUAUCAACAACAAAUGUUCGAAUAUCUAUACCAUUAGUUGAUUAUAUAACAAAUAUAACGUGCUUAAUCAAAGGUGUUAUUAAUAAUAAUCUAACCGAUGAUCAUGGAAGAGAAUUUGUUAGAUUAGGUGGUUUAAAAGCUUUAUUUGAGAUUUUACAAAUGAAAUAUUUACCAGUUGAUUUUCCAUCAAGUCAAGCUUGUCAAUCUGUUAUUGCACUUUGUAAAUCAAUACUCACUCUUUCAAUUAAAGAUGAUAAUCUAAUUGAAAUGGUUAUAACAAAUCUUGAUACAAUAUUAAUUUCUUUAACAGAUUUUUACUCAAAUCCUAAUUACGAUAGUUCAUUAUUAAUAGAAGAAUUAUCUCGUUCUAUAUCAUUAUCAUCAUCAACAACAAUACUUCAUAAAUUAUCAAUAGUUCAUUCGCAUAUAUCAUUAUUAAUAUCAUUCUGUAAAAUAAGUAAAAAUGAAGUACGUAAUUUGUUAAUUAAUUUUUUGAGUAAUGAAAUCGGUAUACGUAUAUUAAAAAAUUUAAAUAAAUUAUGUUUAACAUUAAUAUAUGAAAAAUCCAUAUUGUUAUCUUUAUGUUCAUUUGAAACAAAUAUAAUUGAAAAUGAUUUAACAACAAAUGAAAUAUUUAUUAAAACAAUAAAACCAUUAUUAUAUGUUUCAUCUAAACUUAGUCAAGCAUUAAGUGAAUUUUACAAUUUACUUGUUAAACAAUGUGCAACAUCACAAAUGAAACCAAUUAGCAGACGUUUUAAUCAACAAUCAUUUGUUUAUACACCAACCAAAGCUGCAACACUUGUUGCAUCAAUAUUAAUAGAAGUAUUAAAAGAUGGAUUAUCAUUUAAUUUAUCAGCAAAUACAAAUUUAACAGAAAAUCAAAUUGAAAAAUUACGUUUAACAUUUUUUAUUUGUACAAUUGGUUUUGCUAUUCCAAUGUUAUUUGAUAAACAUCAUCAUCCUUAUAUGUUAAUGUUACAACAAUUUGAAUUAUCUAAAACUCAAGAUGCAUUAUUUUCUGCUCUUGAAUGGACACUUAAUUUAAUAAAUCUUAAUGUUAAAUCAAUUCUUGAAUCUCCAUAUUCAAUAUCAAAAAAAUCUCAAACAGAACAAAAUGAUAACAUUCCAUUUAAUCCAUUAGAUUAUUUAAUCUUAACACAUAAACGUACAUUUCAUCUAUUAACAAAUUCAUGUUCUAUAUUAUGGGAUAAACCAUAUUUAUUAAAAGAUCAUGCAACUAAAAUAAUUAAUAAUAUAUUAUCAAUAUUGUCUCACAUAUUAAGUGGUGAAAUACAAAUACAAAAAAAAAUUCAAGAAGAAGAAGAACAACAACAACAACAAACAUGUCUUUCAUUAGAAUUUUUUGAUAAUUUUAUUAAUUCAAUUAUAUUAAAAAUUCUUGAUAAAUUACCUGAUACUAUAUAUAAAAUGUCUGAAUUAAUUCUAACAAUAAUUCAUCAUAAUGAUAUUAAAUGGUGUGAAAAUUUUCUUGAGAUAAUUUUCAAUGACAUAAAAACAAAUUAUUUAUUAUUAAUUGAUUUAUUAAAUCAACAAAUUUUUUUAAAUAAUCAUCAAAAUUCGCUUUUAUUUAAUAGAAUAUUAUUAAUUUUAUUAUUAUUUAAAGAAAUUCCAUUUCCAUGUUUACAAAUAACAAAAAAAUAUUCUUUAAUUAAUUAUUUUUCUAUGUUAAUUCAUCAUAAUUACAACUAA